UCGUGUUUCCGCGAGGAGGACCGGAGGACGGAGCUGGGCCGCCAGCCCACGGGAGCCUCCAGGACGCGCCCACGGGAGGGAUCGUCCCCGCACGGCUGACUGCGAGCUCAUCUCGCGCGGCGCACGGACCCGGGUGCGGGAGGGCGCCGCCGGAGCCCGGCUGCAGGGGAUGGGGUCGCGGCCGGUGUCCCGGACCGAGCGGCGACACACCGCCAAGAUGUGAAAGCAAAGAAGGACACAUGAAAUAACAAAGAUGCUUCGGGGCCCCGGCGCCGGUGGGAUUGAACGAUGGCACUUGUGUCUCCUGGGGUAUAUCGGCCUCAUGUUUGGUAUGUGCCACACUUUGCCUGAUGCUUGCGUUUUCAACGUGGUGUUAAGAAAUUUCCAGCUGAUUUUGUCAUGGGAAUUAAGAAACCACUCUGUUGAACCAACUCACUAUACGUUAUGGCAUGCAGACACGAGAAAAGACAUGGAGGUUGUUCAGCACUGCGCCAACAUCACCAGGCCGUCCUGUGACGUCACGCACGUGUGGGCAGAGAUGUCCGAGAUGUACCACCUGAGGCUCGUCGGGUCCCGGGGGAAUGCCACGCUGGUCAAUUGUUCAGGCAGCAUCUUUCCAGACACAGACAUAACAAUGGAACCACCACGGUUUGAGAUCGCUGGUUUCAAGGACCACAUCAACGUGAUGCUGGAACUGCCCCAGGCCCUGCCCAAGAUACUCACGGCGGGAGGAUCUCACCUACUGCUUUUAAUCGAAGAGCAGUCAGAGGGGAUUGUGAAGAGGCAUGAUCUCCAAAUAAAUGAAGCCACCAAUGGAAAUUUCACUUACGUCCUCGACAAGUUAAUGCCAAACACAAGCUACUGUGUAUCUGUUUACUUCGAUUCCAGGAACUUGGGAAUAAAUAGGUCUCCCUGGAAGUGCACCCGCCUUCCGCCUGCCCGGGACUCAGAGUCCUCGGAACCCGCCAGAAUAGGAGCGCUGAUCACUGUGCUCCUGGUGGCGGUCGUGUCCGUAAGCACCGUGGGGCUCCUGAAGCGGGUCGGUUACAUUUGCUUACGAAACGUGUCGCCCAAAGUGCUGAACUUUUGUAACCAGCCAGCCUAUGUGGUCCCUGAGCUGCCGCCCUUGGAAGCAGUGGCCACGUUGGAGGUCAUUCACGUCCACAGGAAGAAGAAGGUGUGGGAUUACAACUAUGACGACGACAGUGACAGCGACAAUGAGACAGCGGCCCGAGCCAGCGCAGGGGGUUACACCCUGCACGGCCUCGCCAUCAGGCCUCCGCACCCGGCGUCCGGCGGCUCAGCCUGCCCGGAGGACGAUGGGGACCCCGACGCCUGGGAGGACGAGCCGUCCGAGCCGGAGGUGGAGGCCCGGCCCCUGACGGCGCCAGAGCCCAGGUCCUGGUGCGCUGACUGCGCCAGCGGGGCCUCCGAGGGCUGGGGGGCCCCGCCGGCGCGCCCGCCGUUCAGCGACGACAGCAGCUGUGCCGAGAGCCCUGCGGACAAGGUGCUCUUCAACGUGGACUUGACCUCUGUGUUUGUGAGGGUCCUGGACGACAGCAACACAGAGGUUCCCCUGGUGCCCUCUCUUCCAGAAGACACCAUCGACCUGGGUGAUCCCGACGAAAUGGGGACAGGCCUUCCAGUGGCCAGUGGACAGGGCGCCCAGCCGGCCUUCCCCAGCUCCUCUGGGCAGGGCCCGUGGUUUGAAGAGUCUCCUUCUGAUAGAAGUGACACUUCCGAGUCAGUCGUUGACAAUGGCAACAUCGGGGAUGGUUAUUUAAUGAGAUGAACCCCCAAACAUUGGAUUCACUGGCAGCUGCCUGUCCCCCACACCCUGUCCCCUGGGCGCUCCUGUGGUGCGCAGGGGUUCUCGGGGGGCAGGGUGCCCCCUCCCCCUCGUGACGUCACCGAUGCCAUUCCCAGGAUGGGGGAAGGGCGGCAGGAAACCCAGCGUCAUGGUGUGGGCUCUUCAGUGUUCCAAGUGACAGGCCUUGAAGGGAAAAUGCCUGUCCAGUGGCCACACAUUGAUAACGUGUCUGCCUCCGCUUCCCGAAGGAGCAGGGUUCCCUGGGGCUUCGCGGGGUGGGCCGUGGUGCUGGGAGGUCACUGGCGAGGCCGAGGGUGGGCGUGCAGGGGGGACACGGACGGC